CCUGUAUAUCUAUACGUAUAUAUGUAUGUAUACACUGUCUCUGUUAAUUUAUGAAUCUAAAAUUAAUUUUUAUUUUAUUUCCAUUUCCCAGUUUCCUCCAAAUCUCUUUCCUGAGGACAAGAAUUCAUUCUAAACCCUAACCAGACUCGACUCGUUCUUUUGGAUUCCUUCCGGGUUCCGAUUCAGAUUUCCUUCUCGGGCUGCGUUUUUGCAAUAUGAGUAACCAGAAGAAGAAAAAUUUCCAGAUAGAGGCGUUCAAGCAUCGGGUCGUGGUCGAUCCGAAAUAUGCCGAGAAGACUUGGAAGAUUCUCGAGCAUGCGAUCCAUGAAAUUUACAAUCACAACGCCAGUGGUCUCAGUUUCGAAGAACUUUACAGAAACGCCUACAACAUGGUGCUGCAUAAAUAUGGCGAGAAGCUGUAUUCUGGGCUUGUAAACACCAUGACCGCACAUCUCAGAGAGAUAUCCAAAUCUAUCGAGGCAGCUCAGGGAGGAUCGUUCCUAGAAGAGCUCAAUCGGAAAUGGAACGACCACAACAAAGCGUUGCAGAUGAUCCGAGACAUUCUGAUGUACAUGGACAGAACUUACAUUCCGAGCUCCAAAAAAACCGCUGUUCAUGAGCUGGGGCUUAAUCUUUGGAGGGAUAACAUAGUGCAUUCCAUCAAAAUCCAGACACGGCUUCUUAACACCCUCCUUGAUCUAGUCCAUAGGGAAAGGACUGGUGAAGUCAUAGAUAGAGUGUUGAUGAGGAAUGUUAUCAAGAUGUUCAUGGACUUGGGCGAUUCUGUGUAUCAGGAGGACUUUGAGAAACCCUUUUUGGAGGCUUCUGCUGAGUUUUACAAGGUUGAAUCUCAGGAUUUUAUCGAAUCGUGCGAUUGUGGAGAUUACCUGAAGAAAGCGGAGAAACGUCUGAUUGAAGAAACGGAUAGGGUCUCCCACUAUUUGGAUCCGAAGAGUGAAGCUAAGAUUACUAGUGUGGUUGAGAGAGAAAUGAUUGCUAACCACAUGCAGAGACUGGUUCACAUGGAGAAUUCGGGUCUGGUUAAUAUGCUUCUCAACGAUAAGUACGAAGACUUGGGUAGAAUGUAUAAUCUGUUUCGUAGGGUUACCAAUGGUCUUAUCAUGGUCAGAGAUGUUAUGACUUUGCAUCUCAGGGAGAUGGGCAAGCAACUGGUCAUGGAUCCAGAAAAGUCGAAGGAUCCAGUGGAAUUCGUGCAGCGUCUGUUGGAUGAACGGGAUAAGUAUGACAAAAUCAUCAGCACGGCAUUCAGCAACGAUAAGACAUUCCAGAAUGCACUCAAUUCCUCGUUCGAGUAUUUCAUCAACUUGAAUGCCCGUUCUCCCGAGUUCAUCUCCCUGUUUGUGGACGACAAGCUGAGGAAAGGGCUAAAGGGUGUGAGCGAGGAAGAUGUGGAGGUAAUUCUUGAUAAAGUUAUGAUGCUGUUCCGCUACUUACAGGAGAAAGAUGUCUUUGAAAAGUACUACAAACAGCAUCUGGCCAAACGCCUCUUGUCCGGGAAAACUGUGUCGGAUGACGCUGAGAGAAGUUUGAUCGUGAAACUGAAGACGGAAUGCGGGUAUCAAUUCACUUCGAAGCUGGAAGGCAUGUUCACCGACAUGAAGACAUCGCAGGACACAAUGCAAGGGUUUUACAGCAGCCACUCUGAGCUGUCAGAGGGACCCACACUAGUGGUUCAGGUUCUGACAACCGGGUCAUGGCCCACGCAGCCGACCGUCCCUUGUAACCUACCGGCUGAAGUUUCGGUUCUCUGCGAGAAGUUCCGGUCAUAUUACCUCGGGACUCACACCGGGAGAAGACUGUCCUGGCAGACCAACAUGGGAACGGCCGAUAUCAAAGCCGUGUUUGGAAAGGGUCAGAAGCACGAACUGAACGUGUCGACGUUUCAGAUGUGUGUCCUCGUCCUGUUCAACAACUCGGACCGACUCAGCUACAAAGAGAUCGAACAGGCGACAGAGAUUCCCGCCCCGGAUCUGAAACGGUGCCUGCAGUCGCUGGCAUGUGUGAAGGGGAAAAACGUCCUGAGAAAAGAACCGAUGAGCAAAGACAUAGGGGAGGAGGACACGUUCGUGGUGAACGACAAGUUCACGAGCAAGUUCUACAAAGUGAAGAUAGGGACAGUGGUGGCGCAGAAGGAGACAGAACCCGAGAAACAGGAGACGAGACAGAGAGUGGAGGAAGACAGGAAACCGCAGAUAGAAGCGGCCAUCGUCCGGAUAAUGAAAUCGAGGCGAGUGUUGGAUCACAACAACAUAAUCGCCGAGGUGACGAAACAGUUGCAGUCGAGGUUCCUGGCCAAUCCCACGGAGAUCAAGAAGAGGAUCGAGUCUCUUAUCGAACGCGAUUUCUUGGAGAGGGACAGUACGGACAGGAAACUUUACCGUUAUCUUGCUUGAAAGUCGGGCGGGAACGGGGACGGAAAUCGGAAUCGAAAUCCGUCAGUCAUUAUUGGUUUCGGUGUCGGGUUUUUCUCUCGUUUGUCAAUAACCUUAUGAUUUGUACGUUAGCGUUUCGGGUAAGUAUUGAACGUUAUCUCUAGUUCCGACCGAAUCUCUUCAUUUGUUUCAGCUUUCCAUUGUUUUCUAUGUUCCAUUUGUUAAAAAUGUCAAUCUCUUUCUGCUUCA